GGCCCUGUGUGGGAACAGGUAUAUAAGGAGCCAGGCUCAUUGCCGGAGUCACAUCGCCCUGUUCCGUCUCACCAAUCCUGCAGAGAUGAAGUACUUGGUGUUUGUGCUCCUGGUGGCUGCCGCUUGCGCUUCUGAGGUGGAGAAGCGAGAGGCGGAGCCAAGUCGCGCCUUAAGCUAUGGCCAUGGUGUCCACCACCACGCCUACUACCCCCGUACCUACUACCACCCUUACCACACCUACCACAAGAGGUCUGCUGAGCCUGAGGCUGAAGCCGAACCCUCUUACAGUUCCUCCAAUUACUACCGUUCCUAUUCGUACGGCUACCAACCACAUCACUACAUUCCCUCCAUCCACCACCACCACAAGAGGUCUGCUGACCCCGUUGCUGAGGCUGAAGCCAGCUACGGCUACAGGUCAUACCACCCGGUGCAUUAUCACUCCUACCAAUACACCCCUUACACUCACAGCCACUACAAGAGAUCUGCCGAGCCAGAAGCUAAUCCAGGUUUCAGCUAUGGCCACCACCACCAGUCCGUGUACCGUCCCUACCACAGCGGAGCUCACUAUGGUUACGGUUACCGCGCUUACCAUCACUAAGGUACUGGGAGGUUAUAUGCCCUGAAGUUAUCUGAAGGAGCUUUAUAUUGAAAAUUGAUUUACAAACAAUAAAGUCAGUCUAAACGAA